AUGGGCUACACACAGGCUCUACUAAUCUGGAUCCUCGUCGCGACGGUCAUCCUACUCGUCUCCUUCAUCGCGUACUUUGCGUACGACGUCAAGAAGACGAUGGCCUGGAGGCGGCUUGCGCGUCAGCAGGAACGGGUCACUGCCGAGGAGUUGGCUCAGAGGCCGGCGGAGGGGGCGGGGGAUGUGGAGAGACAGGCUGGCGGGCGGUCUUGA